AAACUGGUCAGAGCAAUUAAAGGGGAAAUGUUGCAAGAAUAUAACUCCGCUUUGGUCCUAAAAUCGCAUCUUUGGCAAUUGUAAACACUUCUUUUGUACCAUAUCAUCAUAAACUUUACACAAGUAGCGUGUUUAGUGCUGUUUUAUUGAUACGAAGUCUGAUGUUGCACACAUCGCAUGGCGUGGGACAGGAAAGGGUUAAUUUUUUCCGCCGCCGACAUUUUUGUUCGGCGCUCUACGGCAACUUUUCAACUUACAUGUGCAACGAGCUGGCGCUAACUUUAAUAACUAUGUAUCACAUUUAGGCUGUGUCCUGCAUGGCCCGUGUUUCUAAAUGUAUCACAGCUUGCAAACUCGGACACUCUUUGUUGCACAGAGGUGCUCAUGCUCAUCACUCCAUGCAUGGAUCAGCGUUUGCAAGCAGGGGCUAACGUUAGCACGGGAACAAAAACUGCAUUUCCAGAAAAAUAAAUCCUAUCGUGAAAGUUGUAGCUAUCACUAGCACCACAUUUGUGUAAGAGUUGAGCGCCCAGUUGUUCAUAAUGGGGUGUGUAUUACACCGAGUAGACGAGUUUCCCCUUAGUAAGCACUAAUAUUGUUAGCCAGUGCCUGAGGGUUGAAUGAACUUAGCAGCGUUUUGUGUCUUGAACACUCCCACAGCGCACUGACCGAGGCCCCUUUAGCAAGUUGCAGUAGUUCAAACAACAGAUUGGGGUCAUACGCAGCCAAUAACUGGGCUGACUUCUGUAACAGGUGGCCAGAAGUUCAUGUUAUCGUGGGUCAUUCAUUUGUUACUUUUGUUGAAAUUACAAAUAUAAGAGUCUACCAGCAUAUUUUAAAAUGUAAUGUUGCCAGCGGGGAUGUGAGUGGCACAGACAGAUGUUUUUGAGUCCUUGAUGCGAUGCAAUUCUUAAUGAAAUUGACAAUGUAUUAAAUUUUAUGCAUGACAACGAAAUCACACCUGGGUUUAUUGUUUUGUUCUCAAUUUAUUUAUGCAAUAUCAAUGUAAUUUUAACUCGGCCAUACAUCUGGAUAAUGUAACACAGUCCAAUCCAAUAGAGCUACAAAAACACUACACCUGUGAAUUGUUAAUUUAAUGUUGAGGCAGUGUCAGAGGGGUGCUGAUGUAAGUGAUGUAAAUGUUUGUACCAAAGUCAGCUAACUUUUAAUGUUAGCUGGCUUUGGUACCUGUAAUUACCUGUAAUAUUUUGUUUGCAAAUCAUUGAUACUUACUAUUAAUAAAUGUUGAUUCAACUCUGUAGUUAUUUCUGUCACAGGGACAAAAGAUGACAAGAGCUGAAACGUGGUGAAGACCCAGACUUUUUUCAGACAUGUCCGUGAGGGAGUCCUUUAACCCUGAAAGCUAUGAGCUGGACAAGAACUUCCGGCUCACACGCUUCGCUGAGCUCAAGGGCACAGGCUGCAAGGUGCCCCAAGAUGUGUUACAGAAGCUGCUAGAAACCCUACAGGAGAACCACUAUCAAGAAGAUGAGCAGUUCCUGGGGGCAGUUAUGCCUCGAUUAGGCAUAGGCAUGGACACCUGUGUGAUCCCUCUCAGACAUGGAGGCCUUUCUCUGGUCCAGACGACAGAUUACAUCUACCCCAUCGUGGAUGACCCCUACAUGAUGGGAAGAAUUGCUUGUGCCAAUGUUCUAAGUGACCUGUACGCCAUGGGAGUGACAGAGUGUGACAAUAUGUUGAUGCUUCUGGGAGUCAGCAACAAAAUGUCAGAGAAGGAGAGAGACAAAGUCAUGCCACUGAUCAUCCAGGGAUUCAAGGAUGCAUCGGAGGAGGCAGGCACAUCUGUAACAGGCGGACAGACGGUACUCAACCCCUGGGUGGUGAUGGGAGGAGUUGCUACAACAGUCUGCCAGCCCAACGAAUUUAUCAUGCCAGAUAAUGCAGUGCCAGGAGAUGUGUUGGUGCUGACCAAGCCACUUGGAACACAAGUGGCCGUUGCAGUACACCAGUGGCUAGAUAUUCCUGAGAAGUGGAACAAGAUCAAGUUGGUGGUUACCCGGGAAGAUGUAGAGCUGGCAUACCAUGAAGCCAUGAUGAACAUGGCUCGGCUCAACAGGACAGCGGCUGGUCUCAUGCACACCUUCAAUGCUCACGCAGCCACCGACAUCACAGGGUUCGGCAUCCUCGGCCACGCUCAGACGUUGGCACGGCAACAGCGAAGCGAGGUGUCAUUUGUCAUCCACAACCUCCCAGUGCUCGGCAAGAUGGCCUCGGUGUCCAAGGCCUGUGGGAACAUGUUUGGGCUCAUGCAUGGCACCUGCCCUGAAACAUCAGGAGGCCUGCUUAUCUGUCUGCCCCGGGAGCAGGCCGCCCGCUUCUGUGCCGAGAUCAAAUCCCCAAAAUACGGCGAGGGCCACCAAGCGUGGAUCAUCGGGAUUGUAGAGAAAGGAAACCGCACGGCUCGCAUCAUUGACAAACCGCGGAUCAUAGAGGUGGCGCCACAAGCGGCCACGCAGAAUGUCAACCCAACUCCUGGUGCAACUUCUUAAUCCUCCUUUGCUGCAUCAUCGACCGGAACCCAAGAGCUCUGCUGAGUGAUUUUAGACACAUAAACUACAAAACCAUCCUAGAGUGUUGAAAUAUAUACACAAAAUAGUAUGUACACAGAAAAGACUGGGUUGGCGUGUAUCUACAUGAAAAACAGCCCCACUCAGUGGCCCAAGGGGGCAUGUCAUCACCCAGUGGACUCAACCUGCAGUAUCCCCAUGAUAAAAAUGGUAAAGAAAUAGAGCAUACUUAAAAUCCAUUUGCCUUUCGUGUCUGUUGUAUUCCUUUAUGUUAAAUGUGCAUGAUUGGCAGGCAGCUUCUGAUAAGAGGAUGAUGGUGGUGAUGAUGACAAUAAUCAGAUACUGUUGAUUCAUUUUGAAUCUUUGAAAGUCUGGUGUCUGUUGCCUACUUGGGUCUUUUAAAGUUGCUCUCAUCAAGCAAGUGGACCGCGUGAUGGUGCUUUUGUUUGUCCGUUCACUUUGUACAGUUAUAAAGCCUAGUUUUAGUUCAUUGCUGUAACUGAUGCCUUGAAAGAGUGUGACCAGAAAGGUUUGUUUUUUAUUACUUUGACUUUUUGUAUCGUCCCCACCCAAACUAAUAAAUAUUCAAAUAGAAGAUGGAUUGUUUUUGCCCGCUAUCUGGGAGUUGCACACAUGUGAAUGGACUAAAUCAAAUGUGAUCUACUUGCAGGUAGACAUUUACAAUAUCAACUGAUGCCACUCCAUUGUGGAUUAAGUCAUAGAUGUAAAGAAAUCUGCAUACCCCUCCGGAGAUGAACCUUCUACCUUCUGCAUUCCCCACAUGUGAUCAUGUUUAGGGAAAUUCAGUGUAUAGAGUUUGCACUGUAUGAUCCUGGAAUUGUCCAUCAAUAAAAAGCAGUCUGGGUUGCUAACAGCAAGCACUCUAAUCAGCGAGCUGGUUGCCUUGAUCUGGUGCAUUUAUUUUUGCUGUCUUAAUGUUGCCAGAAGAUGUGCCGAGAGCAGCCUGACUCAGUUAUAAAGUUUACAGCUGAACUGAGUCCAGAUCAUCGUUUAUCCUAAUAUCCUGAAUGAAAGUCUUGAACAUUUGGAAAAUGCUUCAUUGUGACCAUUAUGUUUUGAAGGUUAAGCAUAUGUUUGAAUUUGAAUAUACUCCUUUUCAGCACCGUGUGGUGUUUCAUCUACAUGAUCACUCAUGUGAAACCAAAACAUUUUUAAUAUUUGAAAUGAAACAAUUCUGUCAUCAUAUUUGCUGUCUUCUACUGUUGUAAUUUGCCGUCAUUGAAUAAUCAUGACCAAAACACACAAAGCUUAUUAUUACAGCUGGUAAAAAAUGAUAAUAUACACUGAUUGCUGUGGUGACAAAGGAAUUCUGGAAAAUUAAUUUUUUACAAACGCAUUCAUAGUAACGACUUAGAUGUGAUGAUAAAGGCUUUGAGAGUCUGGAAAUGUUUUGCUUAGGUACCUUAAAAGUGCUUGAAGUUUACCCUUAAAAAGCUAUACGAGCCCUGCAAACGGAUAUCAGGAACAAGACCUCCACCCCACCUCUUAAAAUAAACUGCUCUUAAUAA